AUGACAACAUUUCUAGGCAAAAAAUAUUCCUGUUUUCUAGGACGAUCAAAUCGAAAUUCAGACCACCCCAGUCAACGUAAUCUUGUCCAAGUUUAUACAAGUUUACCUCCAGGAAUCGAUUCAAAAGUGACAGCUUAUCUCAUCUUAAUUGUCCGCCUCUUUCGCCCAAACUCGUCAUACACUGGAUCGAAACGUGUGGAGUCGGGAAGUAAUUCUUUGAAUGACAUUUAUGUACAAGUUCGAUGGUGGGGUGAACCGGUUGCAAAGAAAUGCGCUAUAUUUUACCCUCGACUAGCGCAUAAAGUUGGACAUAAACAGGCAACAUGCACCAAAGCUCGCUACAGAAUCACCGUACCAUUAGAUCGAUUUAGUGCUUAUCUUAAAGAUAUGCGGGAACUGCGUCUGGAUGUUAUUGAUAUUCGUCAUCAACGUAUUAUUGGACGUGGACGACUAGAUAAAGUUGAUCGUUUGACUGCAACUACGCCAAUUGAUACCAUUUUACCCGUUAUUAAUGAAGUUGGCGAAAAAUUGGGAGAUUUAAAUAUAUCUAUAAUGAUCGAACCAGUUUUAAAUUCAAAUUCUAAGCCUAUGGCAACACGAUUUAAUUGGAGAAAAAUAGAUCAUGAUAAAUUAUUUGAAAAUAAUAAUACUACUAUUGACAAUAAUCAUGAGAAUGUUGAUGAUAAACAACAACCAAUAGAAAAUGAUGAAAAUUCCAUGAAUUCAUUUAAACAAGAACAUGAAAUUUCAUUUACUAAUAGUGAUCAUAGUGUUAUAAAUGAACAGAUUAAUUCUAUUCAAUUUCAACAAAGUAAUGAUGUUGUUAAUGAACAUCCGGUUGAUUUAGACAUUGGAUCUCUUGAUCAAGAUAAUUAUCAUUCAUCUCAUACUGUGAAUUUACUUGAUAAUUCAAAUAAUUAUAGAUCAUGUACAACUAUCCAAGGUCAUGGCAAGGAAUUAGUCAAUAACGACAACGAUAGUUUUUCAAUUCAUCAAGAAAAUAACAAUGAUGCUAAUUUUUCAAAAAGAGAAGAACUUUUAUCUGUUGCAUUAGAGAAAAGUAAACAUUUACGUGAAGCAUUAAGUUGUUCAUCAAUUUUCAACCAACAUGAUUAUAAUGAGAACGAAACUGAUGAUAAGAAUAAUAUGAAUGGGUUGAGAGAAUCUCGAUCUUAUACCAGUGAUGGACGUUUCUCAGACGGUUUAACACGAAAUAAAUUACAUCAUCAUUCAAGUCCUGAUCUUCGGAGUAUCCUGUUUGAAGAUUGUACACAUAAUCAUGAUAAUCGCAUUCAUUUAGCAUCACAAUUGAAAACCAAAACAAAUAAUCUUAAUUUAAUAAAAUAUAUUCUUGACAAUGAAUCAUUGGAUGAUCCAGUUCAAGUCACUACACACAAUCAUCAUAAUCAUCAUCGUCAGCAUCACGCUAAUUGCAAAAAAUGUGUGCAUUUAGAAAAUUUAAUGUUCACCAAUGGUAAUAAUUGUAAUCUAGAUGCAGAUCAGGGAAUCGAUGUCACUCAAAACUAUCCAUUAUCAAAGAAUAACAUGAAUGUUCAAUUUGGAAAUUCAGAAUAUGUAAAAGAAGAUGAUGAAUUAAUUGAAAAUUUAUUAUAUAACAAAGAAAAUUCUAUCGACGAAAAUGAAUUGUUGAAUUCAAAUAAUUUAUUCAAGCAAUGUAAUAACGUACAAUCAUUAAAACAGGAUACUUUGAAUGGAAAAACUAUGAACCAACAUUGUCCGAAUAAUUUAUCUAAAUCUGGUUGUACUCUGAAAGGAGCCAAUUUACACCUUAAAUGUUUAAGUUUAUGUAGAAAAUAUGCCGAAAAUAAAAUUUCCAAUGUUGUUAAUUCUUCUAAAUCUACAUUAUAUAAAACAUCAAGAAAUCCAACGAAACUGUCAUUACAAAAAUCUCAUCCAAUGUCAUUAUCACCAGUAUUGCCAUUUAAUAAAGUUAAAUCGAAUGACAUCAAUACUUUAUUGGACAGUAUUUUUAUGGAGUUAGAAAUAUCUGUUCCAACGUUGUCAUCAUUAUCAUCAUUCAAUAAAAUCGGUGGUACAUGGACUACAACUAGUUUUACAUUAUCUACAGAAUUACGUAAUCAGUUUGAAAUUAAAUCAGCGAAACGAAAACAACAAAAUGAUGAUGCAUAUGUUAAUUUCUAUUGUCUAACAAAUAAGAAAAUAAAUAGUUCUAAUGAUGCUUAUGUUCAAGUCGAUUUCAAUCAUCGAUCAUGUUCUAAUGAUAAAGUCAAUACUCAUGACAAUCAUAUUCGUUUACGUUUAUUUCGUUUAAGUAAUCCUGUAAAAGACGAAGAUACUACACAGUGGGAAUCAGAAUUGAUUGGUGUGAAUUUUGUCAAUCCAGAUGAAAUUCGUUCAAUUAUCUUAUCGAAUGUACAUUUGAAUUCAUCUAAUCCUACAACUCCCUUAUAUAUUCAUCUAUGUUCUGGACAAAAAGUGAAAACUAAUAAUUCAAAUGUGAUUGGUCGUUUAGAAUUUGAAGUAGAACCAAUUUGGAAUACCGAUGCUACAUCGAGAAAUCAAAUGAAUAUCAACAUGUUGAAAAAAGACAAUGAAUAUUUGGGGUCAUUUCAAAAGUCUAUGAAAAAUGAUGAAUUUCAUCCAGUUCAAAAUUCAAUGUAUCAUAAACCAGAUGUUACGAAAGCAAUAGUUUCGUCAAAUACUGUCAUAUUAAAUACAAUUCUACAUAUAUCCGAAGGUAAAGAAUUAAAACUUUCAAAUAAUUAUCAUAAUAAACAUUUAUUAACAUCAAAAUAUAUCACGAAAUUGCCGAAUGAUUGUAUUAUGAUUGAACAUUCUUAUUUAAUUGUACGCUUACCUUGGUGUCACCAAAUUCACUCAUCAUCCGAUUUGUCGACGAUUAACUUAGAUCAAUAUCAUUCAAAUGUUGCCUGGUUAAGUGGAUCAUGUCCACAAUAUGCAUUCACCAUUAGAUCACAAUGUUUAUUAAAUCAGAAAUCAGUUACUCGUUUGGUCAAAUCAUCUAUUGUUUUAGAGGUGUGGUCUAAAUGGAUGAGUGGUUUACCGGAUCAUUUAAUUGGACUUGUGAAAAUUCCAACAGAUCAACUGGUUAAACUUUAUGCUCAUUACGAUUUGAUUACAUCACAAAUAUGGUGGCAUUCAAAUAAUGUGAUACAAAGUUUAUUGAAGGCACAACAUCCGAUGAUUCCUGUGGAAACAUGGUUGCCAAUAAUUGAUCCAUUCUCUGGUUGUGAAAAUGGUCAAAUUCAUGUUCUACUCGCUGUUGGUACACAAGAACAAAUCGAUAAUUUAUUAACACUACAAAAUUUGAAAUGUACUAUUGAUGUCGAUAAUAAUACCAUUAUGAAUGCAGCAGAUCAAAGUAGAAAAAGCGGUAUUAUUGAAUGCAAAGAGAUUAUGAAGGAUAAUUUAUGUGUAGAUUUAACAGUUGAACAUAGAAUCGGUAUAACCAUUGAACAGUUGAUUGAUUUCGAUCCACACAUCCCACUUCAAUAUGAUUCAAAUUAUAAUGGAGCUGUACCAUGGGGUGAUUUAGAUUGUUAUGUUCAAUAUUUUUUUCCCACUGAUACAAAAGCUAAAUGUUUAGCUAGCACUCGCACCACUACUCAAAUGCUUAAUAAGCCGCCUAUGAUAACUAAUAAUACUAUUCAAGAAAAAGCUGAGAAACAUAUCUCCUGUGAAUUCAUAUCUGAAAAUUCAUUGAAAAACAAAGAAAACGCAUCAUCAUCUACGAUAAAAUCGCCACCGUCUUCCUCAUCGUCAUAUUGGAGUCACACACAUAGACUGUGUACAAAUUUACAAAUAACUUCAGAAUCACAAAAUAAGAUGGAUUUAAUCAGGCCAAAAAUUGAAACGGAAUUUAUUCAGUGGAUUUUAGAUAUGUUGACUCGUGCAGAUUUUGAAAGUAAUAAAUUAAAUUUGAAGCGAGGUCUAUUAAUUGAACUUUGGUUACGUAUCUAUUCACCUAAUCUACAUGAUUGUUUAGCUGCGAAAGGAUAUAUUCCAGAAGAAUUAUUGUGCAAAUUAAUUCGUAAAAAUAAACCAUUAAAAUGUAGAGACGAUGAAGAGGAUGAUCGAAACCAUGAACAUAAUCAUCAAUCAAUAAAAUUUUGUAUUGAUCUGUAUGAUGUGAACAGUAGUAGUGGAUUUUUAAAUGGAAGAUUACAAAUUAGUAUGGAUUAUUGUUAUAACAUCACCAAUCAUUGUUCUAUAAAAUUUGAUAACACAUUAACCAAGUCAUUAACAACACAACCAACAAAUCUGCUUAACAAACAAUCUAUUCUAAUUUCAACUUCAUCAAAUCAACCAAUUCAUAAUUCAAUAUUAAUUCUACCAAGUCAAACACAGUUUAAUCAUCGUAUUCAAAUAUGUUUAGAUGGAAUAAGUGGAAUAAAUUUAUCAACAAUGAAGCCUUUUAAUGAAAUAUCUUAUUCAUCGAAUAGAACAAUUCAUGCACGUUUACAUUGUUUAUUAUUAAUACCAAAUGAUAAAAGAUAUUCUCAUUCAAUAAUUAAUGAAUUAUAUCAUGGUUAUUUAAUUAAAUCUGUUAUUAGUUCACCAAUAUAUAAUUCAUAUUAUACAAUGGAAUUAAAUUGUAAAUUAGAUUUACAAUUACCUACUUCUUGGUUUAUUGCAUAUCAACAAUAUAAUUAUCAACCUAAUUUAAUAAAUAAUCAAAAUAAUAAUAAUAAUUCAAUGAAUAAUUAUGAAAUUACUUUAUUAGAAGCAAUUUUAAAUGGUGAUCAAUAUCAAAUGGAACAAUAUAUAAGACCAAUAACCAAACCAUGUAUUAUGAUACAAGUUGAUAUAUGGUUACAGAAUAAUAUUACAGAAAAAUUAAAUGAAUUUACUCAUAAAAAUAUAAAAUAUUGGGGCUUACAAUAUACUAAUUUUGAGCAACAGUCAAAUGAAAAUAUCAAUUCAAUCAUUAAUCCUGGUAAAGAAUAUCAACUGAUUAGUAGUUGUCGUGUUCCUCUAUCUGCACUUAUUUUCUCUUCACAUGGUAAUAUACCAUCACGUUGGUAUCCAUUAACAUCUUUUGUUAAUGAUGAUGACAAUUCAUCGAUUUCUUGGCAAAGUAAAUUUAGUGGAGCUAUCCAACUCAGUAUGCGUUUGACUGAUCCACAUUUGAUCAAGAUAGUUCCAUACAAUAUUAUUACUACUACUAUUGAUAAUAAUAGUAAUAAUAAUAAUGCAAUGAAUAAUAUACAUAGUCCAUCUGUAAUUAAUUGCUUACGUGAUUGGAAUAUUUCAUUUAAUGUUGAGAAAUUAGAAAAUGGACAAAAUUCUAUUGUAGCAUUUCAAAAUGAAUUUGAAUUAUGGAAAGAUGGUCUAGAUGAAUAUGGCUGUCAAUAUAAACAUUUCACAAUAUAUCUUAAUUUUGCAUGUCUUCCAAAAAUCAAACAAUUAUUAAACGAUAAUCUUAAUUUCAUUAAUCCAUUACAUAGAAAUUAUACUAUCGAAAAUAAUUUCAAAGCCUAUACAUUUGUUCGUUUUCAAUUUCCAAAUUAUGGUACACAAAUGUCUCAGUUAAUUUUCCUGCCAAAUGAUGAUGAUCAUGCAUCAGAUAGACAAUCUAAUAUUGUUGAGUUCAAAGAAUAUAAAGAAUUUGUUAUUCCAGUCAGUACAGAAUUACGAAAUUUCUUGGCCGAAUCUACACUUGAAUUUCAAGUGUGGAUUAUUUGGACAGAUGAUGAAAAUUUAAAAGAAUUAGACAAGAAUGAUGAUAAAUACGAAACUGGACUACAAAAAUUUAUCACCUAUGAACUGAACAAUAAAGAAUACUUAAAAAGAUAUCAAGUUCCUGCACCUCGUCAUAUUGGCACAGCAAUUAUCCCAUUGUAUCAUCUAUUGUAUCCAAGACCACAAGCUACAUCACAUCCAAACACUAAUUCUAUCAACUGUUUAGAUGGUGAUCCAUCUGGGAUACGUUGGUGGAAUAAUCAACGACAAGGGAUGGGAACAGAUAGUAUGAAUUCAAGUGGAUUGGCAGUGUUUCCUUUAUAUCGUGCAAAUACAGCAAAUCUUUAUGAUAGUUGGAUUGCUGUACAUAUUGAAAUGACAGGAUCAAAAACUGAAAAUUGUUUAUGGUCGAAACGAUAUCAUACUUGUAAAAUGAAUAAAUUAAUUAUACCUGAAAUUGAUGGACAUUUGGGAUGGAAUUUAAAACAUUACAAAAUACCUUCUUCACUGAUCAAUAACCCAUUACAUAACAGUAAUAAUAAUUGUAAUUUAACUACCGAAUUAUAUGCUGAUAAUUAUCAAAAAACUGAAACGUUUCCUGCUGAAAUUAUUGUUGAAAAGGCAUAUCAUUUACGUUUAUUUCAUCAUAAUAAAUUUGAUAAUUCCACUGAAUCAAGUGAAAACAGUGAACCAUACUUUAAGACAAUUGAUAAUGAUAAUAAUGAAACAGCUGAUUAUUCUGUAUUUGUUACAUUUCCUGUGGAUGGUGGCAAUCAUUAUUGUUCAAAUAAUAAUCCACUGAAUAAACAUUCCGUUAUUGGUGAUACUAAUCAAGAUGAAAGAUUAUGGAAACAAAUUACUAAAUUAUCCAAUAAUAAUUCAAACCGUAUAGCUGCAACACCAAAAGUUAAAAAUCUCGAAUAUGCACAUUGGAAUUAUUGCCGUUUUAUUCGUAUAUCAUCAGAGUUGGUACAACCUUCAUGUAAUCAGGGAUUAAUGUUUUAUGUAUGGGCUGUGAAACAUGAUAAUGAUGAUUUUGAUUUGAAUAAUGAUAGUAGCUAUACACCAAAAUUAAUCGGUAUUGCCACAGUCGAUUUAACUACUCUAUCACAUCUAUUCACCGAUCCGAUUCAUUCAACUAAUAAUGAAUUUAAUCAAAUUUAUGGUUGGUAUCAUGUACUAAAUAAUGAUACAGGAUGUCCAUCUGGUCAAAUUUUAAUUGGAGUCAAACCAUUAAUUAAUAUUGGACAACAACAGCAAGUCAAUUAUUAUUCUUCAUCACUGAACAAUAAUGAAUUUACCACAAAUAAUAACUUCAGUUGUCUAUCACACAAUGCAUACACUGAUCAGAUUAAACCGUUUGGAAAUUAUUCCAUUUUUGAACAAGAUUUAAAUUCGACAUUAUUAAACUGUGAUUUGGCGAAAUCAACGCACUCAUUAAUUGAUUGUAAUACAGGCAAAAUAUCUGAUGAUAUACUUGUGAAUAAAGAGGAAUCUAAUCAUUCUGAAUUAAAUCGUUCUGUGUUAUUCGAGAAUUUAAGAACACGUUUAAACGAACUAGAUGAAAUAAAUACUAAAUUGAAGAAUCGUUUAAAUUUAUCAACAUUCAAUGAAAAAUUUUUUAGUCAUGCUGAUAAUAACACUAAUGAUAAUAAUAAUAAUUGUAAUGAUGAUAAAAAUGUGAAAAAUAAUUCAUUUUUUAAUCAAUCAUCUGAAAAUAAAUUACAAUUCUUAAAUGAAGAAAAAGAUUAUUCGAACUUGAUGAUGAAUGGUCUAUCACAUUCUCAGCAUCAACGACAUCAUAGUCAGCAUUUAACAGAUUUACAUGUUAAUGAUGGAAAUACGUUGCAUGUAAAUAGUCAAUUUCAAUGUACAGUUCUACAGUCUCAAUUAAACCAGGAUAGUGAUGAUUAUACGUAUUCCACACAUAAAAUAAAUGAUGAUUACACAAUAAAUAAGUUUAAAAAUCACUGGAAUCAUAAUUUUACCAUCGAUAAUUCUUCAUUAAAAAAUUCUACCAACGAAAUUAUUGAAUGUUUAAUUUCAAACUCAUUAAAUUAUUCUACUGGAAAUAGAAGACUGAACACUGUGGAAAAAGACAAUGACAGCAAUAAUAUUGACGUUGAAAGUGCAUUGACAAAUGAUGGUGAUAAUGAUGAUGAUACUAACACAUGUAAGGAUGAUGAACAGUCAGAGAUUUCUGUGGUUUCACCUUUGCUGCAUGACCAAUCUUCAAAUAUUUCUGAUGCUCAUGAUUAUAAUGACGAUGAUGACAUCAUCAGUAUAGGUACAGACAUUCAACGUGUCACAAGUUGUAAUGAAAUUUCUCAAGAAGGUGGUGGUAGUUAUGAUACUGAUUGUAAUAAAGAUGAAAAGAAACUUGAAGAAGAUAAUAUCAAGCAACCCCAUGAUAAUAAUAACAAUGAUAGUAGAAGUAGUGAUAAAAUAGUGCACAAUGGAAGCGGAAAAUAUUCACCAAUGAAUAACAAACUAUCGCAUAAAGAAAUUAAUCAUGUAUUAAAUGAAAUACUGGAUAAAGAAAGUUUAUCUGAAACUUCAGCUUCCUCUGUAUGGUUACCAGAUGACGAUGACAAUGUUGAUAAUAAUAGUAAUAAUGGUGUUUUACACGAAAAUGAUCCAAAUUCAUUAUAUACACAAUCAACUAUUACACAAUCACCUCCAUCAAUCGAUAAUCAGUCAAUUAGAGAAGUUGAAGUUUCAAUGACAAAUAGUCAUAUUUUUCAGAAUAUGCAAUUCGAUAAACCAAUCAUAUCGCAUGAAAAUGAAUUGACUCAGAACAGACGUAUUCAAAGUGAAGUCUAUGGAUCGAAUGAAGAGAAAACGGAUAAAAACAGAGAUAAUGAAGAACAAAAAGAAAAAGGAAAAAUACUCCCAUUAGACAAUCAUGAUGAUAAUAGUGCUGGACUUUCUGACAACUCAAAGUUACUAGACAAAGAUGAUGAUUUAGCUGAAACUAGUCGGUGGGAUACAGAACAACCAUUAUCAAUCAAUUCAAAGUUAACACCAAUGUUCAUUCCUAAUUUCUUUCCUUCUACAACUCGUAUAGAAGAAUUAUUUACCAGCAGAACAAAUGAUUGUCAAGAGGACAAUAAAUCAAUGGAUUCUAAUACAAAUUUAAGUAUGAAUAAUAAAAAUAUAGAUUCUUUAAGGAGUCGCUUGAAUAAUCGUUUAUCAGAAGCUGUUCGUCACACAAUAAAUACAUCAAUGACAGAUAACAACUCUCAAACAAACAAUAGUACAAAUUUUAUCAUAAAUGAUACAUUAUCCGCUUUAAUUACAAAUGGUUAUAAGACAAGAAGUUUAAAGAAAGCAGAACGUGUUUUUAACAUGACAUUAAAAUGAAAUUAUUUUCAUUAAAUUUUUAUUACAACAUUAUCUAUUUAACUGGUGAAAACAAGUUUUUAUUACCAUUCCAAAUAUUUCACCUAACAACUAUUUUGUGACGUCUUUUUUUCCUUGUACAUAAAAAAAAACAUACAUUACAACCCAGUGAAUUUAUGUU